CCUGAGGCCACCCACCCCCGGGCGGAAAACGCGUGAUGCGUGUUCCGCGGCUUCUUGAUCGCAUCGUCCAUCUCAACUCUACCUUUUCGGUGUUCUCGUCGCAUCUACUUCCCUCCCAUCCUUUCAACUUGCGAUGUUGCAUAGCGCGACUCCCAUCCGAUUGCCGAUGCCAGCGACUUAACCCUGGGCCGGAAAUAAGCCCGCAUCGCCAUCAUGUCCAAUUGGACGGCCUUGAAUAUCGAACCCGCGGAAGCUGUCGAGGAGGAGGUGGAUGAUACAAAGGAGAUCCAGAUCGAGGAGUCGCUGAAGCUAUACCAGAAUGCGCUGAAGCUUCAUUCCCAGGGCCCUCGGUUCUAUGACCAGGCCGCGGAAGCCUAUGACGCCCUGCUGAAUUCGGAGAUCUUCAAAUACCCCGAGUCCCUCUCCGGGUUCAAGAGAGCUGCCCUGCAAGAUACUGAACUUCCGCCGACGGAUUUGCUGGAUGAUCCUGCUGCCGCGGUUGAGGCUGAAACUCUGACAGAAUAUGAUAUUAAUGACUCGACGUCGAGCACGUUGUUGCAGACCAUCUACCUUGCCUACAAAAACCACGGACAAUACAUUCUCGACUCUUUACGAUCCAAUCUUGAGAAUAUCCCGAGCACACCGGAUAAUGUCGACGAGAUUUCCUCGAAUAUUGCGCAACGAGCAAGCACCGCCUUAGCGUCGUUUGCCGACGCCUUGGAAAGCGACGAUACCGACCUCAACCUGUGGAGACAGAGCGCGCGACUGAGCAGCGCCUUGCAGAGCUACCGACUAGUGCGAUAUUGUUUGGAGAGUGUAUUGGCGGAUGACGAAAACCGUCUGGAAGUCAGAACAGAGCAAUUGGGAUUGGAGGAGACAUUCGCGGAAGAGCGACUGCGGGAUACGCUGCGGACACUGGAUGACCGAUUAUCCGCUUCCUACGUCCCGAUUAAGAAACCAAAGAAGGCUCUGUUGAAGAUUUUGAAACGUCACAUUGACCCGUUUCCUUAUUUGCCUGCCCUGCCAAAUAAUCUACAGGACGCAGAUACGACGAAACGCUCUCUCGCCCUACAACCCUCACGUCAUGAGAUCCAACCAACCACGCCAACUUGGGCUGGGGUGGGUCAAUCUCUUCUCCAAGUCCUUGAGGAUGAAGAGCAGGGGUCAUCCGAUAUUCGCGUCGGGUCGUCAAUAAAAAUUACUUUGCCGCCAAUUAAUCGCGAAGUAAAAGCGACAGGUGCCAAGGAUGCACAGCCGUCCGGACAAAAGGGCGACGAAGAGGACGCAGCACAGAAGCAAGAAGCCCCUAUACCAGACGACGGAGACCAGAUCAUGAAGUCCCGGCCUCCGACAAGUAUUAAAACCGAAGGCCCUGAAUCAUGUGGAGAUCAUGCCGAUGAUCAUUCGUCUGUUGAUCAAAGGGCAGAACAACAGCUCAUGGAGGGUCUGGAACUUCCGUCCCCUACCCUUCCUGAGGCAGACAGCCAACAAGAACCCGCCAAUGCUGAAGAGCCGGAUCUCAAAUCAUCGGUGAACGGCUGUCGCAAAAGGUCCUCUGCAUCGGCGAUGACUGAAGACCAAGCGGAGGGUUCCAGGUCCAAAAGUAGACGGACUCGUCUCCGAGAAUCAAACGCAGAUCUGCCCACCCAGUCCGAAGAAGUCGCGUUCGACCAAAAUAAGUUCUACGAGGACCAACUUGCAGAGUACAUCCAGGCCGACGAAUGGAUGCUCGACACGGCGGGGUCUUUGUUAUCUAAGGUUGGCGUCGAAAAGUUAGGGACGGUAGAUGGAAUAAGGAAGCUUGUGUUUGCCGAAGGGGGCGCCCCGGCGGAUGCAGAAAACCUGCCUACGAAAGUCGAACACUUGCUGCCGCAGGACCUACGGAACAUUAUGAAAAGUUGGGAUGAGGGGAGGUCCCAGGUCAUGCUUCAGAACGAUAACUUCUCAACGCUUCAGAACGUCCAAUCCAUGGGCAAAUCUGGACUGGCCAUUUUCCUGGAACACUCGAGGAAAUCUACCCGCAAAUUAGGGAUGAAGCAAGUCCUUUCUGGGGAUGAAGAGCUGAUGGAGUUGUCAGAGCACGUCAAUCAAGGAUGGUUCAAUGUCCACGAAGUGGUCUUUGGCUGGCUCUAUUCGCUCCUGGCACCCGAAUUCGGGAAAGGUCUCGCGGGAGGUAAUGUCUCCGGCGCAGGAGAUUGGUCCAGCAUGAAGUCGACCUACGAUCAAUGCCAGUGGCCUGAAUUUCUCAAAGAAACCGUGACACAAGCUUUGCUGCGGGACGACGAGUACGUUUAUGGGAGGAUGUGCGAGAAGAUUGAAGCCCUCGAGCACCAGAUACUCUCUAGCAGCGCCCAGGCACCCUUUGAAUACACCGUUGAGCACUUUUCAGACUUGGUGUUCCUCCAAACUGUAUUUGAGCUCCAUCUCGACAUAUACAAUUCUAUAAACAACCCGAACAGCGAGGUGGAUUCAGGCAUUAGGAGCGUGCAGCGAGAUCGCUUGGCAAGAUGGAACAUGCUAGCUCGUACCUCCCUCACGCACCUCAUGGACCAUGGUCCCCCGGGAGUUGACCAGGACAAUAUCACUCUGCGCCAUAUCUGGGCGUCCACUUUCUACUCCAACAUGAUCACUGACGCUUCGAGAGAACAUGUCCUUCUUUGUCUUCAGGAAUUGAAACGCCUGCUGCAUUGCCUGAAAGAUCCGGAGAUAACCCUCGUGAACAACGCUAUGAUGCCGGAAAUAGCGGCCGAGGCCAUCGACCAGGAGAUCUCCAAGUUGAAGUCCAUGGACUUUUUCAUGAAGAUUUUCAAUCCUGAAUCGGAAGACCCUGUAGGGCUGAUUGAAACGAUCGAGCCAAUCCUCGAGCCUAGUUCUGUUCGCUUCGUUGAAGAGAAUGGGACCGAAGAGCAGAGCCUCGACCAGCCAACCUCCCAGAUCCACGAAAUGGGCUCUUUCCUGGAUAGAGGGGAUGUCACCCUGCGAUUAUUCUUGUGGCAAAGACUGCAGGACGCGUACAAGUCGAUCAAUUACCCGCCCAAGAUCAUCUCUUGCCAGCUUCGUAGUAUCGAGACGAUAACACGAGAGCUCGAGAAUCCUGCGCAUCUGGAGGAACCUACUGAGCAUCGCCAGACCCUCCUAAUCCGAUGGUUCAAAUCGCUUGAUGGCAUUUUGAGCAAGACGACCACUGCUGUUCUUCAAGACAAGGAAAAUGCAUUCGAUUGCUUUGACAUGGAUCAUCUCAGGUCGUCAAUGUCAGCACUCGCUUUUCUACUAAACCUACUCCAUAGCUUCAUCGUCUAUGAGGACUCAGUUCGAGUGGGUCAAACAGCCGGAUCUGAUCUUCGCGGCGCACUCGCCAAAUCCUUGGAGAACUUCAAAGACAAACUACGCGACAUGAACGUCCGCUGUUGGAUCUUACUCUACACGCUCCUAAGGGAAGCCAUGGCACAAAGCGAAGAGGAUUUUGACACCCCGCUAGAGGACCGCAUCCAUUACUUGCGUGCCGUGCACAAUGCUCUUGGUAUCCGCAAGAUGUGCAAGCGCUCCCAAAAGCAGUUCCUCAAGAUCAUGAAAUCGGAGAUCUUCACCCUGGAUGUAAAGCAAGAUGUGGAGGCGGACGAAUGCCAAAUUCUAUACGAUAUCCAUGGCAUAAAGCUUUCUCCCAUUGACGGUUUACUGGCCGAGCACAAUUGCCCUGUUGAAAAGUUGGACCGGCCAACGGCGAUAAUGAUGAUCGACUUCGUCAUGAAGCAGGCAAAGAAGAUCAACAUCAAGGACCUGUCCAAGUCAGAGUUGAAGGCUACCAUUGAUAAGAUGCAGUCGGCCAUUGGCACUACCAAGUCGUCGCCUCCGUUAACGUACAACAAACGCGUUCUGUCGUCCUACUUGAAAUCUCCGCUCAACCCUACGGAAAUAUUCCACGCCAUCCGAGGCCUUGAUGAUCUCCCCUUGAUCCCUGUGCCUACCGAGAGUGCAGUAAUCGCACGAAAAGGGUGGUAUUUCCUUUUGGGCCACGCAGCCCUAACGAAAUUCCGCUCCCAGAAGCGCUUGAACCCCGUUCCAACCACCGAUCUCGACGACGCUAUCACUUGGUUCCGGCAAGAUAUUGAGCAUGGGACGCCGAAGUGGGAGUCAUGGUAUCGCCUUGCUCAAACGUACGACUCGAAGCUAGAGGAGGAUAUCACCUGGUCUGCAGACAAAAUCAAUAAUAAUCGGACGGACUUGGUAACCUGGCAGCGUAAUGCAAUCCACUGCUACGCCAUGGCUAUCGCAACAGCGAUCAGCACUGCGGACCCAGCACCAGAAACCCGAACACUCCUAGCGGAUGUCUAUACGGAUUUCGGGAUCCGUCUCUACGCGUCCUCCCGGGAGCCAUUGUCGAUGGCAGCUUUCAACAUUGGCGAGGCGACUCGCCAUUUCAACAGCGAAGAAAACCAGCAGAUGUACGAGAGGCAGCCGUUCAGGGAGAUGAAAAUCUACUCUGUCUGGAGCCUUGCGAGCUUUCUUCUCAAGCAUGCCAUCAUCAAUAAACCCAAGAAUUGGAUGACUUAUUAUAUGCGGAGCAAAUGUCUCUGGAAGAUGUUUAGCUGUGACGACUCUGUGCGGGGAAACUUCAGACGCAUUGAGGUUGACGAAAUGGUGGAUUCUCUACUCGAUGCGAUCGACGCACUUCCUCAGCGGAGGGAUUCCCGCUCAGAACCUAUCUUUGAGCCACAUUAUAAGCUGGUGUCGAUCAUCGAUAAGCUGGUUCAAAGAAACACGUUGACGGCGACCGAAGCAAGCAAGACUCUUCUAGCGACUCCCUGGGCUCGCAAGGUCGAAGCGCCAGAAGGAAGCGAAGACUGGAAACCGUAUAUACUCAAAGUGCUUCGGAAUCUGAAGCAUGGGGACAAGUCCAACUGGCAUCAUCGCAUGGCCUUCAGGGCUGCACACAUUCUCUACGACGACCAAAAGGACGCCACGGCAGCAGCGGCAGCUAAGAGCGAACUCGGACACCAAAUAUUCACCAAAACCAUGACCAUCCAAGUCUGGAGGCCCGAAUUCGAGCGCCCCGGCAGACACUUCGUGUAUACAACACGAUACGUUUACUUCUACGUAGCAUUGCUCGACCAGCUCGACGACCGCGCGAAUCUCGAUCAACUACUCCGCCGAGUGCGAAAGAAGCAAGGCGACUUCAUCAACCACACCAAGCUCUGGGAAGACGUCUGCCUCACCUACGCAAGAGUCAUCCGGCGCGCAGGCGGCAUCAAAGAAGGCCACGAAGAAAGUGUCUUCAAGCCGAUCAGCUGGGACGAGUUCGUAACCAACACCGCCCGCCUGGAAGGCCUCGCGCAACUCGCCCCAGAAAGCACCCUCCUCCUCGAGCUCCUCCGCGACGCCAUCGAGCUCAAAAAGCUCAACAACAACCUCAUGAAAGUCUCCCUCCUCGAAGACCUCAUCGCAGACCUCUACUCCCGCCUCUACGAAGUCAACAUGCCGCAAGUCCUCGAGCAAGCCAACGAGGAAAACAAAGAGAAGAUGAAAGUCGACCACCUCCUAAUGGCCACCACCGACGGCGCCGCAGAUGGCUCCACACCACCUACCUCAGCCCCACCGUCAGAGGCCCCCGCGCCCCGCGGCCGCACAAAGGGCAUCGCGCGCCGCGAUAUCCAAAAACGAGCGGAGACCAUCGUCAGCCGCAAGCUGACGCCGCGGGUCCCCGCAGCUAAGGCCCCCGCCCCCGCGGAGACUGAACCAACACCACACCACAAUCCUCCCAAGAAAGGCGGUGCCACGUCCGCGCCCUCACAGACGACCAAAGACACCACCAGCAAUGGUGUCCAGGCCGUCGGCAGCUCGACAGGAAUUCAGAGUGAUGCACCCGAUGGGAGUCUACACGAGAGUGCUGACGACGAGAGCGAGCUUAGCGAGAUCGACGAUGAGAAGCUGUCGAAACUCGCUCCGGAGAGGAAGCGUUUCUUCCCUAAUCUGCAGAACAGGGGGUCCGUCGAACCCGGGUCGGAGAUGUCGGCUCAGGUCAGUGCUGACGGAGAUGGCGGGGCAGCCGCUGCUGCGGCGGUGGAAGAAGGGGCCGAUAGAGAGGGUGAUGUCGGCGAGAACGAUCAGGAAACUGGACCCGUCGGCGAAGAAGACGAAGAAGAGGAAGAGGACGACGGUCACGAAGAAGAAGGAGAAGAAGGCGGGGACGAGGCAGGCGAUAGUGAAGAAGAAGAGGAAGGAGAAGGAGAAGAAGUUGCCGAGGGAGAAGACGCCGAAAUGGGAGGCGACGAAGAGAAUGACGGUGAAGAUGGUGCUGAUGCCGAAGAACAAGAACAAGAACAAGAAGAGGAAGAAGAAGAGGAAGAGGAAGAAGAAGAAGCCGAACCUGAAGAUGAGCCUGAACCCCAAGGCGACGACAACGACAAUGACCCCGGGGACGGGGACAUGAUGAACGUCGACGGUGAAGGCGCCGAUGUUGAUGAAGAAGAAGAGGCCGAAAAUGCCGAAGAGGCUGCUGGUGGUGACGGUGAACCUGAAGCAAUGGACAUUCGUUGAGAUUGCGUCGUCUAUGGAAACGGCCUGUCUAAUCUCUUUCUUUCUCUGUUUUCUCUGCAUGUUCCCAUGUUUAUCGUUGUAUUGUACGGGUGUUGGUAUGAUAUCGGGAUACCGGCGCUUUUGUAAUUGUACGGUGUCUUUUACCAUGAUCUACCGGCGUUGUGAUCCUGUAGGCUAGCAGAGACUUUGCGAUCUUCGCAUCAUGUAUUAGUAU